AUGUCUACUGUUAAGGACAGUUUGGAUGUAUUGAAUAGGAGGUAUGAUAUAUGUAUAAUAGGAGAAGGGAAUGUCGGGAUAUCUUCAUUUUUGUAUUCAUAUAUCUACAGGACAUACAUUGACGAUACUGCUUUAGAAAUUGAGGAAUUGCUCACGAAAACAGUUUGGAGAGGAUCACGGUCUUAUGAUAUCUCGAUAUUGGGAGGAUCAGCAACUCAGGAAUAUUACCUGAGUAGCAGAAAACAGCAAAUCCGAAAUACUACGGCGUUGAUAUUUGCUUAUAGCGUAGCUGAUAGACAGUCGUUUGCAGAGCUUGAAGAUUUAUUCGAAAGGACAAUGUUCGUACGAAAAGAUGUACCACCUUUCAUUAUUGUUGGUUUGAGGUCAGAUAUGGAUACCGAGAGACAGGUAACAUACGAGGAAGGAUACAGUUUGUGCAAGCAAUUAGGAGGGAUCAAAUUUCAAGAGUGCAGUGCCAGGGAUGAUGUUGGUAUUAUAGAGGCAUUCGAUCCAAUAAUAGAUGCUGUCUUGUCGAUUAAAUAUGAUAAAGACAAAAAGAAAAAGGGCGCAAUCAUAAACAAAAAGGGAGCCAAAGCAAAGAAUGCAUCAAAAGCAACGAUUCCAAAAGCUGCUGUGAAGUUGAGCAAGUCAACGAAGAACGAAUCUCGGGAUGAGAAAAAAACUGAGGAAAACGAAUAUCGACAAUCAAACCUACCAUUAUCAACUAACACAUCCCUGGCAUCAGAAAGUAGAACAAAGAACUAUAGUCUGCUUGAAUCUAAGAGAGGCUUACAAAAGCAAGGAUGUUGCACUAUUACAUGA